AUGGCUAAACUUGAGUCUAAUCACACUCCCCCACCCACAAUGAGCCCUACCAUAAGCAAACCAUGUUACCCUCCACAAUCUCCCAACAACAAUUCAGGUGGCUUCAACUUAAUGGUUAUUUUGGCGGCAAUUGUAUGCGCCUUCCUUUGCGCGCUAGGCCUCAACACCAUGCUACAAUGCACGCUACAAUGCGCGAGUCGCGUCCUCACGGAGCCUUUACAAUGGAUUGCUUCCAGAGGGAUCAACUCAGGGCUCAAGAAGAAAGAAAUGGUAGCUUUGCCAACUUCAAUUUAUAAUAGGUCAUCACCAUCUUCAGGUUCUGCUAGUUGUGCAAUUUGCCUAGCUGAUUUCUCUGAUGGAGACAAGAUAAGGUUUCUUCCAAAGUGUAAUCAUCGUUUUCAUGUGGCUUGCAUUGAUAAGUGGCUUCUUUCCCAUUCCUCUUGCCCAACAUGUAGGAACUUCCUCAAGUCCAAUGAUUCAUCACACCCUUUUCAUAUUCUCAUAGCUUAA